AUCAAUUAUACCAUUACCCCUUAUACCAUAACAUACACCGUCUACAUAUAAAUAAAUACAUAUAAUGCAUAGACAUAAACAGAUUGGAAUGCAAGAAACGAAAUAUCGCCGGCUGGUGGAACUUAAUCAAAGACUUCGUGAGGAUCUAGAUCGUCCCCGAGUACGAGUUAGUGAAGCUAGUACUAGUUUAAUCCGAUAUUGUAAGAAUACUAGGGACUUCCUAGUACCAUCUGUUUGGGGACCAGUUGAUAAACGAGAUGAUCCUUACGCACCAUCCGGUGGUGGUUGCGGUGGCUGUACUUGUAUAAUUAUGUAAAAAAAAA